AUGGAAUAUAUCCACGGCACGACAGCAGAAAAACUCAGGAAGAACCUGGCAUACCGCGAAAAUGAAUUUGGGUCCGUCGAUGAAAAUAUAAACUUCAAAAGAGGCCUUGCUAUGAUACAGGUGGAACUGGCAAGCAAGAAGUUCGAUCGUAUAGGACGCCCUCGUCCAGCGCCCCAGGGAGGAUAUUACGUCGCAUCUACACCUACAGAGGCAGCCCAUGAUACCAGUGGUGCCUUUUAUAGGCGUCUAACCUCAAAUCUCCUUCGCGAGGCAAGGAUGAGUGGCAGAACAGUUGCUCAGGACCUGACGCUUAGUAUCCCAGCUCUAUUUGAACAACUCAUUGCUCGAUGGUCAACGCACCGAGGUCCCUUUGGCGUGGCACUUACCAGUCUAGGUGCUCAUAAUGUGCUAGUCGAUGAAAACUUCAGGGUUAAGGCCGUUAUUCAUCCCGAAGGGUUGAUGGCAGUACCUCGCGAAAUACAGGCUCAGAUGCCUUUGUCCAUGGGCCUGCAGACUUCCCCUCCUCGCUCCCAUGCGAGAUCAGUGACAGAGAUGACGACUCUAAUGGAGGAGAUGGAGAGAGCCAAGUCAUAUUUGUCUUACUUGAAAGAAGCAGAUCGCAUCAAAUAUGCCGGCGUUAGGCGGGAUGCUAACAACGCUCCUCUGUACACGGCAGUGCUAGGCCCGGCAGCCCUGAUAUAUCAAGGGCUGGUUGAAUUCAAAAAUUUCCGGCAAAAUGUCGACCGCAAGUGGCUGGCUACGUAUGCUCAUUACUCGCAAGACUUUGAACUGCCGUGA